AUGUCUGUCAGAAGAAGAUUUGAAAAGGUCUGGGGAGGUCCCAAAGAAGGAAAAGGAAGUGAAAUACAAGAAGAUGUUCUCUCAAAACAAACUCCAAGAAUAUCUUUUGAAAUUGUGAAAAUCAAUCGAAGAGGAGCAAGACAAAAGAGAGAACUUGUCUUUUCAGACGAUGGUAUUUCAAAUAUGAAAGGUAAACAAAGACAAUGGUUCUUCCACAUUACUGACUUGUUUGGUAUUGAACCAGGAAGACCCAUCACCAAAGAUGCUAAACCAGUACUCAAUUUGAAAGUGAUUAAGCGAUAUCAAUUUGAAUGUGAAAGUGAUGACCAAUUAGACAAAAUAGCUAAAGUAUUCUAUCAAUUGUAUAGUGAUCGAUUGCCCAUUAAUAAUGCAUCUCAAUAUAAUGGAUAUGGAGCUUAUAUCGGAGAUUAUGUGAAUUCACAACAAAUCACUCCUUCUUCAGUGAAUUCUUCUUCAACAACAGCACUGUCGACUUCAACCAACAAUCAUUUGGUCAUGACCAUUCCAUCAUCUACCGGAACAACAACAACAACAGCCACCACUGGAGAGAUGAAUCAUUCUUCAGGAUCACCUACAUCGAAUCAACCAUCAUCGACAGGUUCACAAAACAACAACAACACUCAAUCCUCUUCUUCCAACAAUCCACAAUAUGAAUCUCCAAGUAUUUUCCAACAACAACAAUUGGCUGCAUUUAUGGGAAAGAAAAUUGGUAUUCAUAGUUUUGAACUUCUCAAAGUGAUUGGUGAAGGAAGUUUUUCAAAGGUUUGUCUCGUGAGGAAGAAGGACACUCGUCAAAUCUAUGCAUUGAAAGUUUUGGAUAAAGGAGAAAUUAAACGAAGAAAUCAAGUUGAACAUACCAUCACAGAGAAGAGAGUGUUGAGUAAUCAUAGACAUCCAUUCAUUAUCAAAAUGUAUCAUUCAUUCCAGGCCGAAGACAAGUUGUACAUGUGUUUACAAUUUAUUCCUGGUGGUGAAUUGUUUGGACAUUUGAGACGAGUGCAUCGUUUCCCAUUGGAAUUGGCAAAAUUCUAUUUGUGUGAAGUGGUAUUGGCCAUUGAAUAUUUACAUAACAAUAAUAUUAUUUAUAGAGAUUUAAAACCUGAGAAUAUUUUGUUACACUCCGAUGGACACAUCAAAUUGACAGAUUUUGGUCUCGCCAAAGAAGGAAUUACAAGUGCUGGAGGAAAUGCUUCAGGAACUAAAACUAGAACGUUCUGUGGUACUCCUGACUAUCUCAGUCCUGAAAUCAUCAAAGGUUUACCACAUGGAAAAGCAGUCGAUUAUUGGUCCAUGGGUGUCUUGUUAUUUGAAUUCCUCACAGGUAGAUCUCCAUUCCGUGGAUCCAAUCGUAAAGAAUUGUAUGAACAAAUUAUUCACACUCAUCCCAUCUAUCCAAAGGAAAUUACCGAGUCUACCACUAAAACCAUUCUCGUCUAUGAUGAUCCCAUCAAGGGUGUGAAAUACUCUCAACCCGUCGAGAGGAGUGUUGUGGUGGAUCUCUUGGAUCGAUUACUUGUGAAAAAACCUGAAGAACGAUUGGGAGCGAAUGGAAUUCAUGAAAUCAAAAGUCAUGCCUUCUUUGAAGAUGUGGAUUGGGAUUUAAUGUUGCAAAAACAAAUUCCACCUCCAUUCAAACCUCCUCUUUCUGAUAAUCCCAAUGAAAAUCUUCAAAAGAUUUUGGGAAGUAACAUCAAUGAGAAUGGAACUCUAGCUUCAGAUAAUUUAUUGAAUGCCAAAGAACAAGGAAUGAUCAUGCCCAAAGCACCUUUUAAAGCUUCUCAAUCUCCAUCAUUUACUGGAUUUUCAUAUGACGAGGAAGGUUACUUGGCAAGUACUUUGGAGAAUUCUCAAACUCAAAAUACCAAUUUAGAUAUAUAA